CUUUGUCUAAGUGUAAUAUAAGCUGAGAAAAUGAGCUUCUACGUAUGUAUUUCAGAGGAUACCAUGUUGAAUACAGAAGGCCAACCUAAAUCAAAAUACCCAAAAUCAAAAAUAUAUGUAUCUUAAAAGUAUUUUUCCCCCUUUGGAGGGAGAGCAAACAAGAAGCCAGAAUGAGGAAAAAUGACAGUACCAAAGCAUGGCUCCUGAAAUACGAGCAGCUUCUUCAUAUACAGGACCAUGAUUUUGCAAUGAGACCUGGAUUUGGAGGGUCUCCAGUACCAGUGGGUAUAGAUGUCCAGAUUGAAAGCAUUGACAGCAUUUCAGAGGUUAAAAUGGACUUUACAAUGACGUUGUAUCUCAGACAUUCCUGGAAAGAUGAGAGGCUUUCCUUUCCUAGCACAACAAACAAAAGCAUGACCUUUGACCAUAGAUUGAUCAAAAAGAUUUGGGUGCCUGACAUAUUUUUUGUCCAUUCUAAAAGAUCCUUCAUCCAUGAUACAACUGUGGAGAACAUCAUGCUGCGUGUGUACCCUGAUGGAAAUGUCCUUUUCAGUCUCAGCAGGUUUCCUCUUGACACUCAAAACUGUUCCCUUGAACUAGAAAGCUAUGCCUACACCGAAGAGGAUCUGAUGCUGUACUGGGAACAUGGGAACAAGUCCUUAACUACUGAUGAACACAUUUCCCUGUCUCAGUUCUUAGUUGAGGAGUUCAGUGCGUCCAGCGGGUUCGCUUUCUAUAGCAGCACAGGUUGGUACAAUAGGCUUUUCAUCAAUUUUGUGCUAAGGAGACAUAUCUUCUUCUUCGUGUUACAAACCUAUUUCCCAGCUAUGUUGAUGGUAAGGCUUUCGUGGGUUUCAUUUUGGAUUGACCGAAGAGCUGUUCCUGCAAGAGUUUCCCUGGGAAUCACCACAGUGCUGACCAUGUCCACCAUCAUCUCUGGCGUGAGUGCCUCCAUGCCCCAGGUGUCCUACAUCAAGGCUGUGGACGUGUACCUGUGGGUCAGCUCCCUCUUUGUGUUCCUGUCAGUCAUUGAGUAUGCGGCUGUGAACUACCUCACCACAGUGGAAGAGCGGAAACAAUUCAAGAAUACAGGGAAGAUUUCUGGAAUGUAUAAUAUUGAUGCGGUUCAAGCCAUGGCCUUCGAUGGUUGUUACCAUGACAGCAAGACUGAAAUGGACCAGACUUCCUUUUCUCUACACUUGGAAGAGGACUCCAUGAGAGGAAGAUCCACAGGUAGCCCCAGCACAGAUUCAUCUCGGAUAAAGAGAAGACAGUCCUCAGGAGGGCAUGUUGGUAGAAUCAUUCUGGAGAAUAAUCAUGUCAUUGACACUUAUUCAAGGAUUUUAUUUCCUAUUGUGUAUAUUAUAUUUAAUUUAUUUUACUGGGGUAUAUAUGUGUGAGGAAGAGAAUCUAAUGUGUAAUACUUGUUCUGGAAUCAGAUUAUGUUAACAGCAACAACAACAACAACAAAUAACUCUUGACUAUGAGUUGGACUGUACUAGAUUAAACUUGGAGUCAGCUAGUCACCUCUCUUGGCCUAUAGAAGAUUUGAAAGUUGGCUGAUUCACAUCUAUGAAAAGUUUAAGGUCCCAGGAGAAUUUGAAUCCAUACAUAAGAGUCACAGGUGUGCAUAUAACAGAAAAAUUUCCCAAGGAAAGGGCUUUGUAACUACUUCACCUGGACCCUCCUUGCUUUCUAAAUGUAAACUUUUUGUAUUUGACUAAGAAAUACAGCUGGGCUAUGACAAUAAUUCAAUGAUUCCUUAGUUCUAGUUAAGUGCCAGGUUACCUAACGGAGUUGAAUCCUUGUGAGGAAGAAAGAACAUUAGCAUCAAGGUGGGACCAUGGACACUCACGCAGCUAAGAUGUACAUGAAGAGCUUCCCUGUCCAUCUCCAAUCAAGUCUUUUAUCUUAUUUCACUAUUAAAUUUCAUAUAUUACUGAGUCCAAGAGCAAACAUCUAAACUUUGCUCCAAUCCUAAUGUUAAUAUGUCAGUCUCUAGUAAUAGUAUCUUGUAUUUUAUAGUUGAGUUAGAGCUUUCAUGGCUUUUUGGAGGCAUUUAGUAAAUUAAUUACUAUAUUUACCAAAUUUUAUUGACCUCCUAUAUGUGCCAGGUACUUUAUUAGGUGUUAUGUAGUGAAAAAUGAAUACAAAAUGGCAUUCCUGCUAUCAGUGAGUGCAUAGCCUCACAGGAACAGUGAAUGGGUAGCUAUCAAAUAAUAUAACAAAUACAAUAGAUGUAAAAUAGAGGCUUAUACACUGUGUUGAGUUCUGAAAAGGGGAUACCAAAGAAGGAAAAGUACAUCCAUGAAGGGAUGUGGAGUCUCAAUUCAUAAACAACUGAAGAUGCUUCCAGACAUGGUAUUGAGUGAACAAUUGAAUGAAAUUUAUAUAUCCCAUAGUAAUCCCAUAGUAACAUUAGUUGAACCAAGUAAAUUAGGUCAAGUGGGUAUUAAAUAAAUGUUCGUUAAGUAGAAAACCCUCCAAUGAUUAGCAUUCAUGUUGUAGACUGGAAGCAUGCAUGCUUUUGUGUUAAGUAUUUUGUGAAAAAGAUUCCAUUUAGAGAUCAGCCCUCAGUAAGAAGUAUGAAAUAUUUUCCCUUCCUAUUUUGAUUUCUGGCAUUGAAUUAAGGAAAAUAAAUUAAAUGGUGUGUUACUUUCA